AUGGCCUCCCAGGACUGCCACCCUAACCCUCACGACGAACCCACGGUCCCUCCCCCGAGCCGCUUCGAUCCUCACUUCACCCAGCAUGUGAUCGACACCAUGGGCGAUAACGUGUCGCCUCGCAACCGUCAGGUCCUCACCAGCCUCAUCAAGCAUCUCCACGACUUUGCCCGCGAAGUCGAGCUCUCGAAUGACGAGUGGAUGACGGGCGUUCAUUUCAUCAACGCCGUCGGCCAGUGCUCGACCGCAACACGCAACGAGGCGCACCGCGUGUCCGACGUGCUGGGCCUGGAGAGUCUCGUGGACGAGAUUGCAAAUAAGAUCGUGGCAGAGGGCGACAUUGACCCGACGUCCUCCUCCAUUCUGGGGCCCUUCUGGUCGCCCAACGCGCCAUUCCGCGAAAACGGGGCCUCCAUCAUCCAGAACCCCUGCGAGGGCGGUCGGAUCGCCCUCAUGCACGGGACCAUCACCGACCUGGUGACCGGCAAGCCCAUCCCCAACGCCGUCUUCGACAUCUGGCAAGCCAGCGCCAACGGCAAGUAUGACUUCCAGGACCCGGACAAUCAGUCCCCCAACAACCUCCGCGGCAAGUUCCGCGCCGACGAGAACGGCAAGUACUGGUUCUACUGCUACCACCCCACGGCCUACUCGCUGCCCACCGACGGACCCUCGUACCAGCUGAUCCGUCUCAUGGACCGCCAUCCCAUGCGGCCAGCGCACAUCCACAUCAUGGUGACACACCCCGACUUCAAGGGCUGCACGACACAGCUGUAUCCCAAGGACGACCCCUGGCUGUCGACGGAUACGGUGUUUGCGGUCAAGGACGACCUCAUUGUGGAUUUCAAACCAAAGGAGGGUGAUGCCAAGGCGACGCUCGACCUCGAGUACAAUGUCAUUCUGGCGCCAAAGGGCUACAAGGGGAAGCAGUUUGUAGCCGCUCUACCGUCAGCCAUGGACGGCCGCGGCGCCUUGAACAGCCAUACUGCACUAGGCGAGCUGCAAACAAACAGCCAGGACCCCACAUCGAAGCAGUAUAGGACGUCAAGAGAAGAAGAAUAUGGCGAGAAUUUGAGAGGACGCUCGCGCAGUCCGACCAAGAGUGCCUUGAGCAACCCCUUCAAGUCACGUGAAAUGUCACCGACAAAGCCCACAAGUCCAGCGAAGCAAAAGUCUAGCACAAAUCUCGCUGGGCUGCUCAGACGGCCGAAGUCGAUCAAAGAAAUGUACAAGAGUCUCGAGAAGGAGGAGGCCAACAUGGGAAAGGACAAGGAAAACCAGGCACCCACGGGGGAGCUGGCCACCCCUCCCCCGAUCUUCGCACAAUUCACGAGCGACACCUCAGUGCGACAGCAGCAGAGUGCUCGGUCGAGUAUGGAUCCCGGCCGUCCUACUGGCAGCCAAGACCUCCUUGGCCAUACCCGACCCGUGAUCCGUGAGCGCCCCAAGUCGUACCAGUUGCCGCCUACCUCCGGCCCUGCCUCGCGAUCGACAUCUACCGCAUCUGACUCCAGGCCGGCCAAUUCCAAGAGCGCCCGCAGUAGAGCCUUUGCGGCGCUGACGGGGCUCAGCCAUCGGGGCAAGCCAUCCGCGCCAUCCAGUCCUGUCAUCAACGAGCCGAGCGAACUCCACAUCGACCCUAAGGAUAUUGACCAGCACCUCGAGGCCCUGCUGGACCGUCGUAACAUCCCUGAGAACCAGCGCUUCAAAAUGCGCGGGUUGGACAACACCAUCAAAAUGGAGUUCAUUCGUCAAGACUGGGCGGAAACAAAGGGAGCUCAUCCCGGGAUCAUGGAUAGCGUCAACGGCAAAGAAAAUGACAGUGCCGUGAACAUGGGAACCGAUGACGAGGACAAGCCGAAACGUAUGCGGGGCCGGAGCUUCACAUUCUCGAGGGGCAAGAAAGGGGGCAGCAGUAGGUCGCCUUCGAAGAAGAGGGAAGGGACGCUCGGACGACACUUUCGCAGCAAGUCAACCGACAGCGUCGUGAGCGAUGGCAGGCCAACCUCCUCUCACGGCCCGUCAGCGGCCAGCAGCCUGUUGUCCAAGAUGAAGCUGCAACAGGGCCCAGGCGACUAUGUCGCGUACUUGCGAAAAGUCCAAAAGCCACAGCUGGUGGAGGUGGGCAAGCUGCACAAGCUCCGGCUCCUGCUUCGCAACGAGACCGUUGCCUGGAUAGAGGACUUUGUGCAGCAAGGGGGGAUGAAGGAGAUUGUCGGUUUGCUGAAUCGGAUCAUGGAAGUCGAGUGGAGAGAGGAACACGAGGACGCACUUCUGCACGAAAACCUGCUAUGCCUCAAGGCACUCUCGACAACCGCUCUGGCUAUGCAGUACCUCGACACCAUACAAGCCGAUCUCUUUCCGAAGCUCCUCCACAUGAUCUUCGACCCGGAACGCAAAGGGCCCUCGGAGUUUACGACCCGGGGCAUCAUUACAUUUGUCCUCUUUACGUACAUUCAGUCUGCCACCCCGGCUGAGCGGGUCAUCCGUGCCAAGGCCGUGCUCGCGCACCUUCGUGAUCCCGAGCCCAAGGACGAUCAGCGACCGCUGCCGUUCGUGAUGGACAUGCGGCAGCAGAGGCCGUACCGUGUUUGGAACAAGGAGGUUGUCAGCGUGACUAAGGAGGUCUUCUGGAUCUUCCUCCACAAUCUGAACGUCGUCAGCUUGGAGAAGAAACCGACCAAAGCCAGCGAGGGGGCAUACGGAUACAUGGGCCGCCAUUUCCCACAGGAACGACCACCUGUGCCGGCAGCCCCCUAUGUCGGCGGUGUAGAGUGGGAUGCGACCAAUUACCUGGCCUCUCAUCUAGAUCUGUUAAACGCUAUCAUCGCGUGCACGCCUACCGCAUCGCAACGGAAUGCCCUCCGUGCCGACAUGCGCAUCAGUGGCUGGGAGAGGCUCCUCGGCGGCCACUUGCGUCUGUGCAAGGAGAAGUUCUACGGCAGCGUGCACGACGGCCUGAGGACUUGGGUGUCCGCCGCGGACGAGGACGGCUGGGAGGUGAGGGAUGUGCGGUACGGUCCGGCUCCUAGUGAGAGCCCGCGCAAGGCGAGUCCGAUCAAGCGGGCAGAAGCCCCAGCGCCCAAGAUUGAGGUGCCCAGGUUGGACCUGGGCUUGGACAGGGGCAGCAGCGAGCAGGAUGGGUGGAUUGAAUGA